AUGAGAACCACACGGGCCCACCACACCACCACUACCGGUACCGUCAAGCCAUCCCUACUCUCCCGUCUUACGGGCCGCACCCGCAGGAGAACCGUUACCACCACCACCACCACCACCGCUCCGAGGACCACCCGCCGUCACCGCCGCACCGCUGCAGCCGCCCCGGCCCACCAUCACCGGCGCCGGCCGAGUAUCGGGGACAAGAUCUCGGGAGCUCUCAUGAGGCUUAGGGGGAGUUUGACACGUCGGCCUGGUGUUAAGGUACGUUUUAUCUCCCUCUUCAAUCGGUCUGGUUGAUGGAGGGAAGGUGGGUGCUAAUUGGAGUUCGUGUCGUAGGCUGCUGGAGCGAGGCGUAUGCAUGGCACUGAUGGGCGAGGGAGCCAUCGUGUGUACUAG